AGCAGUUGGUCUUUCCCGUCACUUCACGCUCCGUCCGCCGUGUCCUUCCCUUUCAUCUCUCUCCAUCCCUUAUCGCCUCUCAUCGUCAUCAUGCCGACGUUAGCGGUUGCGAAGGACUACAUCUGCCAGCUCCUCGGCAAGUCCUACACCGACAAGGAGUUCGAUGAGCUCUGCUUCGAGUUCGGCCUCGAACUGGACGACAUCACCAGCGAGAAGGAGAUGUACAUGCGCGAGCAAGGCAAGAGUGCGAACGCUGCCGCCGCCGCUGCUGAGGCACCGGCGCACCUGUCGGAAGAGAAACUGUACAAGAUCGACACCGCGGCCAACCGCUACGAUCUGCUCACCGCCGAGGGCAUGGCGUGUGCGUUGAAGGUCUUCAUGGGCACGAUGGCGGUGCCGAAGUACAAGGUGCUGAACCGCGCCAACCCCCUCUACCGAAUGACGGUCGAGAAGAGCGUCAAGAACGUGCGAGACUACGUCGUUUGUGCGGUGCUGCGCAACAUCGAAUUCAAUGAGCGCAGCUACAACAGCUUCAUUGACUACCAGGAGAAGCUGCACUCGGGGCUAGCGCGGCGCCGCUCGCUCGCCUCGGUCGGCACGCACGACUUGGAUAAGGUGAACACGACGCACUUUAUCUACGGGUGCCGCCCACGCGAGACGAUCAAGUUUGUGCCGUUGCGGCAGACGAAGAUGCUGGACUGCCAGGGUGACGGCCUGGCGAACUACUACGCAGAGGACCGCCACAUCAGUAAGUACGUGCCUCUCAUCUCGUCCUUCCCGACGUACCCGGUGGUGUACGACGGCACCGGUGAACACGUCCUCUCCCUGCCGCCGGUGAUCAACUCGCGCUACUCUGCCAUGUCGAUCGACACGAAGAACGUGUUCAUCGAGUGCACGGCCCCCGAUCACUACAAGGCCCAGGUCCUGGUCAAUCAGCUGGUGUGCGCCUUCUCCGCGUAUUGCAAAGACGAGUUCACCGUGGAAGCGGUGCAGGUAGACUACGAAGAGGCCGCCCCGGAUGGCACCACCUCACUCGUGACGCCGACCAUGGAGACAAAGGAAGUGACGAUGAACGUCGCUCGCCUCAACACCGUCAUCGGCAUCAACAUGAAGAGCGGCGCGGAGUGUGCGAAACUGCUCGAAAGGAUGAUGUACGGGAUCAAGAACGUGACGGGCGAAGAGGUGACGGUUACGGUGCCGCCGAUGCGCACGGACGUCAUCGGGCCGGCAGACGUCAUGGAGGACGUGGCCAUCGCCGUCGGCUACGACAACAUUAAAUAUGUGGAGUGCGCGACGCACGGGCUGGUCACGCAGACGCCGCUGAACAAACUGGCGCAGCUGCUGCGGACGGAGAUGGCGUGUGCGGGGUACACGGAGCUGCUGACGCUGUCGCUCUGCUCGCGCGCGGACGCCUUUGAGAACCUCGGCCGCGUCGACGACGAUGUCGCGGCGCACAUCGCGAACCCGCAGACGAUGGAGUUCCAGGUGUGCCGCCCGUCACUGCUGCCCGGCAUCUUGAAGACGCUCUCGACGAACAAGUCGAAGCCGCUGCCGCAGCGCUUCUUCGAGUGCGCCGAUGUGGUGCUGCUUGACAACGCGAAGAACUUCCCGCCCAUCAUCGACGUUCGCACCGACUUUUUAUCCUCCGGUGCGUGCAAUCAGCGUCAUCUCGCCGCGGUCCACUGCAACGGCACCAGCAGCGGGUUUGAGAGCAUCCACGGGCUGGCUGAGCUGGCGCUGGCGAAGCUUGGCGUGCCGGCCAAGUCGGAGGUGGCGGCGGAGUACAAGGGUGACUACUACACGCUGGAGAAGGGCAGCGACGGCGCGUUCUUCCCUGGUCGCGCGAUGGACAUCGUGUUGCACCGCCAAGGUCAGGAAGUGCGCAUUGGCCACAUUGGCGUCCUUCACCCGAACACGCUGAAGGCGUGCGACGUGCCGUACCCGUGCUCGUACAUGGAGAUCAACAUCCAGUUCCUCUGCGUCCCGGUGUAA